CACAGGCUGCUCAGGAUGUUAGUAAAUUCCUGGGCAUCCCUUGGCAUCUCCACUCUAGUUACAGGACCCAGGCCUCAGCAAAAGUGGAACACAUGAACCAAACUUUAAAAAUACAGCUAUCCAAAAUUUGUCGGGAAACCCAACUCCCAUGGCCGAAAAUGUUAUCAAUAACCUUAGCCAGAAUUAGGGCCCUGCCUUCAAGGAAAUUGGGACUGUCACCCUUUGAAAUAAUAUAUGAGAGGCCCUUUGUUGCAACUACCCUCCAGGACUCCUGCAAAGGGGAAAGAAAUAUUUCCCAAUAUUUGCAUAAUCUGGUGCAGGUUUUGUCUUCCAUCUCUAAACAGGUCCAGUCUGCUCUACCUGGCUGCUGAUGCGCCAUCACUGGCUGAACCAGGUCAGUGGGUAAGAAUUAAAGAACUGUUUCCCUGUUCGCACUGAACCCAGGUGGUCCAUACCUCGCCAGGGACUCCUAAGCACUCCAAUGACCGUAAAGGUGGAAGGCUUCAAAGCGUGGGUUCACGGAUCAAGAGUCAAGCAUGUUGGCGAGUCUUCUGAAUGGUGACAAACCCAGCAUCUAGAUAGACUCAAGCUGAAACUUCACCACACUCCAGCUUCCCCCGCUGACCUGUUCUCCUACAUGGCCUAGACACACGUUGAAUAGGCUUGGUUUGCUGUAUUUGUUGUGUUUGCUCUUUUCUUGAUUUGCUGUGGUGGUUUCCCCGCAAGUUCCUGGGACAAGGAAGAGAUGCAGCCCACCUUUACUUUGGCUCAACAACUUGUCUUAAUGCUUUUCAUCCUAGGGAUUUCUACACCCAAAGCUGUAGUCUCCCAGUCUCAGUGUGAGCAAUGUUUGGUCACUACCCACCACGGAAACAAGGUCACAAAGACCUUCGUCUACCAUUCCCACUACAAUUGUAAGGAGCAAACCACGUCCUGUGUCCACAACACCAUCACUUAUGAGAUUGCUCAAGAAGGUGGAGUUUGCAGGAAAUGCAACCCUAACAACCGCUGCCUACAAUUUGAUGACUCUCUUAAAGUUGUAGAGGAGUCGGCUACCAGAAUAAGGAAACUUACACAUGUCCCAGUGCAGAUUUGGGGUGGGGCAGUUGACUUCAACUCAUUUGGCGGAAUCUUCUCUGGUUGGAAAAGGAUUGGGUUUCUAGUGCUGUUAGCUUUGGAGGUCUCCUUCUCCUCUCCUGUUUCAUUGCUCUGAUCCAGUGUGGUAGUCCAGUCCACCCUCACUGGGGUGACAGUCAUAGCCUCAUCAGUGUCUACUCACUCUCCUGAGAAACCGGUAAAGGUCAUGGUUCUCCAGACCAUCCCCAAAGAGUUCCCCCGCCUGGUCAAUCAUUGACAGGAAGAAUCCUGUCCUGAAGUAAAGGGAGGAAUGAAGGGAUAUAAUUAUAUAGUUAUUGCAAAUUAGUCCUAAUUUAAUUCGUUAUAUCUUGCUCCUUACUUUUUUCCCUGUUUCUUGUUUCUUCGCUGACGCCAGAGACAGCCUUGCUCAAUAGAUAAGAAGGGCAGAGCACAGAGCUGUCCAGGGUUGACUCGAAAUAGACAAGGAUACCAAUGCACAAGCAUACAAGAUA